UUUCUUUUUUUUGAGAUAGGUUCGCACUAUGUCACUCAGGUGGUCCUGAAGCUCACUACAUAGCCGAGGCUGGCCUUGAGAUCUGCCUGCCUCUGCCUCCAGAGUACUGGAAUUAAAGUACUGGGUAAGAAGAAUGUCUUAAAAGGCUGGAGCUGGGUCUCUUUGGCCUUGGUGGCAGAAACAAGAUGACGAAAGGAACAUCAUCCUUCAGAAAGCAUCGCAACAAGACACACACGUUGUGCCGCCGCUGUAGCUCUAAGGCCUACCACCUUCAGAAGUCUACCUGUGGUAAAUGCGGCUACACUGCUAAGUGCAAGAGAAAGUAUAACUGGACUGUCAAGGCUAAGAGACGAAACACUACCUGGACUGGGCGGAUGAGGCACCUAAAAAUUGUCUACCGAAGAUUCAGACAUGGAUUCCGUGAAGGGACAACCCCUAAACCCAAGAGGGCAGCUGUUGCAGUAUCCAGUUCAUCUGUCAUAAAAUAA